UUUCGAGCAUUCGAAAUUCAGCUCCCUGGCAACAAGUAUCAAAUACACACAGUCCCAAUUUGUUCAAUUUUUGUCUGUGAUUUUGGCCCAAAAUAAAGUAAGAAAAUGCCCCGUCAACGUUCAGAUAAGUCCAGUGGAUCGGCUCGUCGCCAGAGCUCCAGGAGCAGCACCAGCUGCACGAUUCCCGUACCCAGCUCUCGUGCGAGCAGCAGCCGCUUGCCUGCGGUGCAACAGCCACGCAAAGAGGAGUCGACACCAGCUCCAACACCAGCUGCAGCAGCAGCGACAGCGCCAGCGGCGGAGGCAGCCUCCAAGGCACGUGGCACAGGCAACAUGUUCAAAGACAUGGCCACCACUGCGGCGGGCGUGGCAGCCGGAUCAGCUGUGGGCCAUGCCGUGGGCGCUGGCAUUACUGGACUGUUCGGCGGUCGCGCCAAGUCGGCCGCCGCCAACCACCAGGGAGACCAGGCGGCGGCGCCGGUGACAGUGCAGGCGCAGGGCACCAGCGAACUGGUCGAAGAUGCUCCCUGUACGUACGAGCUGCGGCAGUUCCUCAAGUGCACCGAGGAGAACAGCGACCUGACCGUCUGCCAAGGGUUCAACGAGGCCAUGAAGGAGUGCCGCCGGCGCUACAACAUUUAGGGGCGGAAAACAGAGGCAAAGGCAGAUCCAAGACAGCAAUCGCUCAUAAGAAAUAGCCACAAAAUAUUCUCUUUGAGUUAAUUGCAUUAAAAAAUAGUUCCC